AUGACUCUCGUGUUGGGUUAUUACAGAAAGAAGAACAAGGUGAAAAGAGCAAUGUCAGAACCUGCUCAAUAUCGAAUUUAUCUCAGCUCUUAAUUUCACUUCCUGAAACAAAACACUCUUCACAUACAACUGAUAUCUAAGAUCCAAGAGUGAUCUUCUUUUUUUUGAAGGUUUCUAUACUUCUUCACCUUAAUUUUGUAGCUACAGAAGGCACCCUUAGAAAGUAUAAUCCUUUAUCUUGACCACUUUAUCUGCCUUGGCCAAAAGUAAGGCACAAAACCAUGUUCUUUGCAAAUGAUGCUAUUACUUUGUUUGCAAGUGAGAAUUGAAGUACACUAAUAGGGCAGGAUAGCAAUGGUAGUCAGGGAAUUGGUCACGUGAGUAAAAAAACAUCCAUAGAGAAGGAGGCAGUCAACCAGAAUGGACUGCAUUUCUCCAAAUUGUAAUAAGACCAAGCAACCUUUUUUAGUCACAUAACCUUUUUAUUGAUAGGAUGUUUUCAAGAAGCAACAAAGUUACAUGUAUGAGUGGCAGCAAUAAGUCCCAUUUAAUUUGUGUUGAAUGAAGAAAAGAUGUAAUGUAUAUUUCUAACAUUAUUUCUCUUUUUUUUCCAAUUUUAAUAUUUUACAGCAACCAAGAGUUUCACUUGAUAAUGACAACCCAAUAAAAUGUAAUUAACACCUACUAAUGCAGACAUCCAACAUAUUUUUCCUUAGUGUCUAUGUUGUGUUGAUGCAACAUCUGCUGUUAGGUGUAUGCUUAUUGGAUUGUAUGUAAUCAUGUGAUCAUUAAUUUAACUCUAUAUCAUUGUAAGCAUAUCCUGUAAGUAGCGAGUUGAAUAAAGAAGUUGAUUGAAGCAACUUGCCUCAUGUAGUUUUAGUUGUUAACAUGACAGUCUGCUUAUAGGAGUAACUCUCAUAGCCAGAGAUCAGUAAUAGCAGACACUUUUUACAAAUCUUAGAGGUGUCUGCUUAUGAGAGAGUUGACAGUAUUUCCUUUAUAAGCUUAUCAUAUUUUACUAGUUUUUGUUGUGUUACCUCAAGCACACGGACUGUACUCAAAACUAAUCUCAGGGCCGCAAGGCCCCAUGGACUGUCUUGUUAUUAUGUAAUAGCAGUUUUGUCUUGUGUCGCACCAAGCAAAAGUAAAAAAUGUUUAAUGCAUGUUUUCACAAAGGAUUUGUCUAAGGAUCAAGGAUUUGCCUAAGGAUAUUAUAAUGCUGGCAAGUCUAUAACUCUAUGUUCUCACAAGGCUGGACAAAUGUAAGUUUUACUGCCAGAUAUGUCAUUUGCACGGAAAGAUCUCUACCUAAUGAUUGUGAUUUUGCAAUUUCCACAGCUUCAGAUUACAUUCACUUAAUAAAUACUGAAAAUCCAAGCCUUGUCAACUGUGCACUUCAAUUACCCAUUGGCCCAGUUUUUACCCUAAUUCAAUACAAUACCCUCAUAGCUAUUCUUGCAAAAAAGUUGCAAUAAAGUUUAUGCUUACAUUUACAACUGUUUUGUUCAGUGACUCUUAUCAUCACAUUUAAUGCUGCCUGUUUAAUUUGACAUGUCUAUUAAAAGACUAAGCCCUUCUCAAAUAAUAUAUGCCUGCUAAAAAUUUUUUUGAUUCAGCCCCUUUUAUAGAUUAGCACCUAUUCUGACUCUUAGGCAAAAAAUAAGAGCUCUUCACAGAAAAAGAUGACAAAGUUAUGUCUUCUAAGCAAAAUGGGUCAGGUAGUAAUUUUUACUUUACCUGUCACCCUGAGCUAGACAAGCAAUAUAGUUAGAAUAAAGCUUCUCUUUUGAUGAAGAAACUUGCUGCACUCAUCAAAGAUAAAAAUCAAAUAAAUGAGUAUUAUAAAUAAGACAUUCCUUUGAACAUGCUAUGCAACCUAGGGAUGGAGCCAGUAUUUCUAGGGCCUUUCACAAACCAUCAAAGACUUACAUACUAAAAAAGCAAAAACCUCAAUUGUGAAGCCCAAUUGAAAUGGCCCCUCCUGGUUGGAUUUUUAAGUAAUAUAUCAAACAUGAGGAAGAGUGUUUCAUCUGAUAUAUAAACACCAAGAAGUGGUUGAAAAAAUGAGGUGCUGCCAAGUUCUUUUUUUAACCAACUUCAAGGUGUUUGGAUAUCAGAUGAAACAUCCCUUUCAAAUGUUUGAUAUAGCUUCUCAAACCAUUAAUAAUUCUUGAAGAAAAUCAAAGCAAAAGUUCACCAAAUUUUAUGAUAAUUAAGGUCACAUAUCCAAACCUCCUUCACAGUUGUAAUUUCCUUUGUUUUCUCAGCAUUAGCUAUUAAUGAGUUUGAGAAGAAAAGUUAAAUUACUUUUGUUAUUUUCAUAACUUACAUGUAUUGGCUUUCAACAUUUCAACAUAAGAAACCAUUCUUCUGUUGACUCCUACCUAUAAUCAAUAAACCCCACUCAAUUAUCCAUAAUUUUACUACAUCAUAUUUUACACUUUCAAUGAAAGCAACUCCUCCAACAUCUACUUUUCAUUUCUUUAACACCAAUCAAUUAAUGUGGCUUUUAUUCAUGCCUGAACCUUGUAACAUUUAAGCAAUGUAAUAAAAAAAGAACUCCACUUAGAUCAACAGACAUUGAUUAGCGUAUAACCUCUUCAAGUAUUUGUUCAAAUAAAUACAACAACAAAUAAGACUAUAUCUAUGAUUGCACCUUGAGAUUUCUGUAACACUGGUAUACUUAAAUUGCAGUACAUUCUGUUAGACAGAGUAGUAGAGUAGAACUCACAUGCAAAUGUUACAUUCAAAAGGAUUGUAUUGGAAUUGUCACCUUCAACAAAGUACCAGUGCACCUAGAGCAGAGUGUGAAUUUUUUUUUCUGAUAGCCACUUGGCUCCUAAAUUUUUCAAAGUGGUAGCCAAUUCAAAAAAAGUUGGUUGCCAUUUUUAAAGACAAACAAAACUUUUUUUUCUGCUGUCAGUAUUCUAGAUAGACCCUUAAAAAUUAAGUUGGGAAAAAGAUCUUUUAUGUGCCACAAAGUGGACACUAGGAUGGAAGACAUUCAAGUUCCCCUAAAUCCAAGCUUGCAUCUAGUAAUUGAUCGAGAUGCACAUGCUGCAUUUUGGAUACAAACUUAACAAUGAAGUUCGCCACGGAUUUAUCUUUGCAAAUCUUUUUAACUCACUAUAUCUCUAGGUAAGGUUAUGAUGAAGCACUAUAGUUGCCAAUUUCGCAACUAAUUUUCAGGAUUUGGUUGCCAAAGAGAAAAAUUUAGUUGUAUUGGCACCUGUAUUAGGUGUAAUUUCACGUCCUGACCUACAUGAUCCAUCAGGGUAAUGUCACUUUCCACAUAACACAAACAUGAUUAUUCAAGAUACAGAAGUUUUUUUAAUUCAGCUAAUGAUUUCAGUGCUCUUUCUGAGAAGGACACCAGCUUCAAUGAUGUCUUUCCUGUGAGAGAGUAUUUCGCUUUUUUAAAAUAAAAUUUCAAAAGAUUACAUAGACACUACUAAGAAGUUUCAAGUGAUGAGACCAUGCUCCCCCAAAAGGGUUCAAAUUCUUCAAGUAAUACCUAAGAACAAAGCCCUAACAUGUUUUCAGCUAGAGAAGAAAAAAUUGUUUACUUAUGGUACCAUCAGGUGCAUCUCAUAGGUUAUUUAAGUGCAUUGUACUAAUGAUGCAGGUUACAGAGAGAGGCCCCAUGAAAAUCUGGCUACCAAGGCUUUACAUGAUCAGCACACUAUGUACUUGAGUUCCACUUGCCAUCCUCUAAAACCAUUAAUAAACCAAAUGCAAUUCAAGUAGUUAUGAGAAGUCAACUUAGCAGAUCAAUUUCACCCAACCUUCCACAAAGUAAAAAUGGAGUGAAAGGGUGUCUAUUAAUUGGCUUAACACUAUUGAAAAAAGUGAGAAAAACAAACUUGGACAUUCUUCCAUAUGGAGUUCUUUUGUCUCCUUCACAGCCAUUGUUGUGGUCUCCAAUGUAAAUAUUCAAUGGUUCUUGGAAAUAUUUGUUACUUCACAGUUCACCAGAAGCAAUGCUGGGAAAAAGGUUCCUUACGUGUAUCAAAAUAUAAUUUUUGCCUCUCAAGUUAACUGUAUGUGACAAUAACAAACCAUUCAAGUGUUAUUCAUACAAAAUCAUAUGCCUCACCUACAAUCAUAGACAGGAGUGGACUUAUUUUGAUGUACUGUAUCUAAUUGUGAGUUAUGUUCCUAUAUUAUCACUACAUCUGUUAUCUGCUUGUAACUUUUGUUUGCUUUAGAUCAUUAAGAUUUGAAAUUACACAGUUUUCCUUCUUAAAUUUUUUUUUAUCAACAAAUUUGUUAGGGGAACAUCAUAAGAUUGAAAAUGGCAGUAUUUGCAGGUGCAUGCACAACUGCAAGGAUUUAGGUUAUUGGCUCCUUUAGCCCAAAUGACAGCUUCAACAGUCACAGCAACUAGGCCAAGCAAGGAUACAAUAGUGAGUGUGCUUCAACAAAGCUGACCAAGGAUACAAUAUUAUCUUAUCUAUAUACAAUAUUAUAUAUCCUUAUGGAUAGCCUGUCUUAAAUCAAGGAGAGCCCAAAUAAGUUGAAACUUCCUCACACUGUUUAAUGCAUGAAUAAAGAUACUGAUAUUGGGUUUAAAGCAAAACAGGUCACGUGUGAGAAAACAAUUAUCUACUGCCGAAAUACCAAGCAGUGUGGAGUUGUUUAUGGAACAACAAAGGGAUUUCCAGAACAUCUAUGCUGACAACAAGGUUCUAGUUGAGAUUGAGACAUUGCAGUAAUCAAGACCAGCGGCUAAUUAUAAGAGCAUUCUUGAUUAAUUCAGUCAUACAAUGGAAUAAUUCAUGUGCUUCCUUCAACCACUGCUUUUAAAAUGGGGUAGAUUCCAAAGAUGUUCACACGAUUGAUCACCAUGGAGCUUCCAAAACUAUUAAAGCCCAAGAAGAAGAAACUGGACAUACAAGGAGGGAAAAAGCUCAGAGGAUGACAUAUAUUUUGUACCACCAGUUUCUUCUGAAUUAUGUUUAAGGAAAAUGAAGGAAUGCAGGACACAAGUAUUGGUCUAUCAAAAUAAUUCAGGAGUAGGAGACCAGAUAAGGCUCAUCUUUGUUGAAACAACUGUGCAGCAGAGUGUAAAUGUCACAUGCCAGAUUGUGGUGUACAUACCAAGUACCUAGUGCCAAAAAAUAAAGAAACUGCUUUUUAAAAAACCACAACUCUGAAAAAGAAGGAAUGCAGUCAGGAGUGCCUGAUGAAAGUAUCUAAAAUUAUUUGCCAGACAAAUUGUUCACUUAACUGCUAAGGGUGACAUUAAAACUCCCCCUAUAUAGCUACAUAGAUAUACCAACAUGUAUAGCUGUUUUGUCAACCAACAACACACAAAACAGAAGUGCUUUGUCCCACACUGGAGAAUGGUUAACUAAAGUAGAAAGUUUGUGAUUCAGCUGUUGUAAUAUGAUACAGUUUGGAUGAAAUUGUCCAGGAAAUAAUAAUUGCAUUCCUACCAUCUGCUGCUAUUGGAUCCAGUUUGUGUAUUGUUCUCACAUUUUGCUUGUAUAUGUGUUUUCUUCCUGACAACAAUGUAUUAUUUUUUACACAUCGUUUAAAGCUACUUGUAUUAGCUAUCAUUUGUAACUUAAAAACAUAUGUACUUCUUCGUGCCAGGCUGAAAUAACAGCCAGCUCCAAAAACAAGAGGCAUAAUGGCAUCAGAGUUUUGUACAAUUUUCAGCCGUUAAGUAAAUACAGCUUAUGGUUUCAUUCAAAAGGGAGAAAAUAUGGAGAAUUAUUGUUUUCAAUGGAUGAGUUCUUUUUAAGUAAAGAAAGAAGAUGCUCCGAUUAAUUUUAUAUAUUUUUUGUAACAAUCUGCUGAUUAAAGAAAGAACUUGUUCAUGGCAAAUAUUCAUAAACAUGAUUUAUGCAAAUUCUUGAAAGAUGAUCACUGUUAUUACUACCAUUGUCAUUUUGAUCCUUAUUCAUUGCCUUUUCUAUUGUUUUCUUAAUUCAAUGUCAAAAUUAUUAGGAAGUGUAUAGUUUUUUUUUAAUGUUGUAAACUGUUUUUCUUAUAUUUUCAUUAUUUCAUGUGACCCAAUUAGAAGGUGCAUCCUUUCCUUCGGCUUGUUUGUUCCAUGUUUGAUCGAAGAAAUGAAAAACGCGCCAAUUGCAUUGUUGAGUCAUGUGAGCAAGCGGGAAUUUUUAAGAACACGAAAGAGGUGCAGAGAAGCAUGAACUGAGAGCGAGUGCUUCUCGCACUUCUCAAUAGUGCACUCGUGACAGAAGGCGCCUGCUUUAUGGAAAUAUCAUACACUUGUACUGACCAAUCAAGGCGCGCGCAUUUCUCUGAACAUUUUUUAAAUAGAAAUAACGUUACUUAUGAUGGAGAAAGAUGUACUUUGUGAAUGCCAGCCACGGGAAAUUGAACCUCAUUCUACUUUUGUUUCUUCUACUCUGUCAGUGUAUUUUGUGUUCAAUCUCCAAUUUGGUAAGAAAAAUAAUAAAAAGAACCUGUUAUUGCUUGUUAUCUUUGAAGAGAAAAAAAAAAGUUGUGCGAUACCCAGCCAAUAGCAUGACUGGAACUGUGAAAUAAAUAAAGGAUCUACUUGAAACAGGAGAUCCGUUAGUAAUUGUAGUUUUGUCUUGGGAGAUCGGAAACCUAUUUCAGUGGUGGCGACAUUUUGUUCUCUCGCCCAAACUAUCGAGAGUUACUUCUAAUUUAAGACGGAAAAGGCUGAAAACUGUUUUUCUUUUCUUAACAGAAGUGUUUUGCGGUACCUUCGCUGUUCAGAAUGGUUUCAAACACAAUAAUCAUUGCUUCCCUACCUCAAAUCAAACGAGACACAUCUGCAUGGCUAACAUGAUUCCUCCCCAACCAAGACUCGCAAGCAUUGUGCGUCGGACACCGCCAACGAUCCCAGUCAAGAGAAAAGAAAAGUUGAAGUCCGUCCCCACACAAGCAUAG